GGAAGGGGGUGUCCCCGGCGCGGGGCGGGGGCGGCGGGGCCGGGCGCACGAUGCGCUGCGGGGCGCGGGCGCUGGCGCUGCUCUGCGCCCUGUCCCUGUGCCUGUGCCCGGCGGGGCUGGAGCUCCCCGAGCCGGGCUCGGGGCUGCACGCAGAUGAAGUGGACUUGCUGGACAAAAUUACUUCCCAUGCGCAGGACCUCAGCAAUAUUUCCUUCAGCUAUGAUGAAGCCAACUGCAGCGUCCUGGAGAUCGGGCAGUAUGCGACCCUCAACAUCCCGACCAGGGAGGCGUUUGGGGACAGGUUUGCAGAUGAGCUGAGUGUGCUGAUGAAGCUCAGGUACUUCCUGAAGGAGGACACUAGCCUGGUGACCAUCCUUAGCCACCGGAGCCACGUGCUCUUCCAGAUCAGGAUUAACCCCUACGCCUUGGUCUUUGUCACCACCAGAAGGAGACACUAUGAGUUCCCAGUUUCCCUUCUCGGCGACGGGCACUGGCACCAAGUUGCUCUCAGCAUCUCCUUGGAGAGGCUGGAGCUGCACGUGGACUGUCGGCUGGUGGACAGAGUGAGCUGGUCCAACUACUUCGGGAUGGGAGUGAACACUGACGGGCUGAUCAUCAUCGGGGGCCUGAUUGAGUCCUUUGAGAUCCCCUUUAAGGGUGCUCUACAGCAACUGACUUUUGUGAUGGGAGACCCAGCAGCCGCCGGCGAGCACUGCCGCAGCUACAAUGCAGCAUGCAUAAACUCCUUCAACCUCAACCGCUCCGGUUACCUGUGGGAGCUUCCACCAUCCUGGCCAGAGGUGCCAAAAGAAACCAAUGAAAUCCAGGACUCAUCUGCUCAGGACUCCAGACUCACUGAUUCAGGUUUGACCCUGGGACCACCUUGGACAUGGGAGAACACCCAGGAGACCCUCAACUUCCAGCCUGAUGGGAGCGACCUCACUUCACCCUCUGCCACUGAGAUGCUGUCAGCUGAGGAGGAGGAGGACGACAGCCUCUCUAUUGAGGAUGAAGGGUUUGAGCUGUUGAACUCCACCUAUAAUAAAAUCACCGGCCCCGGCAGGCCAGGGCUUGGCAGGAGCAUCCCGCGGGUCACUGGUAGUUCUGGACCCUCCAUGAAAAUGCACAAAGCAGCCAAGAAGGAGCGUGCCUCCGAGCCCUGGGAAGAGAACGUCACCACGGAGAAGCUAAGGGGUGACACGGGCGCCUGGCAGCAGCUCUUGCCCGGCAAACCUGGUGAUGCCAUCACCGACCUGGAUGUGCCAACCACCUUCACCAAGGUCUCCCCAUCAGCACGUCAGGCAGCCACCCCCAAAGGAGAUGUGCUUCAAGGUCCCCUGGGGACGGGGUCCACGGCAGGUGUCCUGGAGCAACCUCUGGUAGCAACCAACCCUGAUGUCCCAGGGCCUGGGGACAGUGCUGCCCACCCAGGACAGCCCAUCUCACCGGUGGGACACGGGCAGCAGGGUCACAUUAAGCCGGGACCACCAGGGCUGCCAGGACCACCAGGGCUGCCGGGCUGUCCUGGGAGACGUGGACUGGUGGGACCCAAAGGAGACAAAGGGUACCCUGGAGCCAUGGGGCGGAUGGGCCCCCCAGGAGACCCUGGCCCUAUGGGCAUCCCUGGUGUCCCCACCGUUGUCCUCUGGAGGAACUCCAGAGAGGACUGGCAGACGUUCACGGCAGGAACAUUCGUACCUAUGGAUGUCGAUACAGACCGUGAUUUCUUUGGUGUGCUACCACCUUUGGGAACGCUGUGGAGAGCGGAUGGUGUCGUGUUUGGGGAGCUGGAGGCUGCCAGGGCCCUGGCCGCAGCUCCCAGGGAUUUAUGUGCUGGAGCUUGGCCCCACGCUUUUGGCAAAGUGCCGAUCUGGAGAGGAAGGCUGCGUCUGCAAUCGUCAUUUUACCAGCUUCUGCACGCGGGCUGGCCGAGAAAACCCGGAGCCCCUGGGCCCCCAGGACAUCCAGGGAAAACAGGAGCACCUGGACCCAGUGGAGAUCCAGGGGAACCAGGCGAGAAGGGCCAACGGGGGUACAUGGGUGAGCCCGGGCUGCAGGGCUUGCCGGGACGUGCGGGUUAUCCCGGCUCGGACGGUUUCCCUGGCCUGGACGGCAAACCUGGCCCGUGGGGGCUGCCGGGAGAGCAGGGACCACAAGGCUUCCAGGGUGACCAGGGAAUGGCUGGCGAGAAGGGAGAAGAGGGUUUUUUGGGAGACCCUGGAGCAGCUGGGGACAAAGGAGAGAAGGGAGCGAAGGGAGUGAAGGGAGAAAAUGGCCUGCCGGGUCCUGCUGGGCUUCACGGGAUGUCGGGUCUGAAGGGUGCGAUGGGCUUCCAGGGCCCCGUGGGGCCGGAGGGAGAAGGUGGCUCAGUGGGUGCCCCGGGUCCUGUUGGCCCCAUGGGGGAGCCAGGCCAGCCGGGAGCAGUGGGGUGCCCAGGUGUCAAUGGCUCUCAGGGAGAAAUGGGUCCCCCCGGCUCACCUGGCCCACGGGGCCCCCAGGGACCGCAGGGCUUGCAGGGCAGACGUGGCCCCCCUGGCCCCAGGGGUGUGCAGGGUCCAGCUGGGAUGGAGGGAUCAGCUGGUCCCAAAGGAGACACCGGCACAGACGGUGUCCCCGGGCUGAGGGGACAGCUGGGACAGGAGGGCCCUGGGGGGUUUAUUGGGCUGCCAGGUUCAAAAGGCACCCAAGGAGAGCAGGGCUGUCGAGGUCCAGGUGGAUCCAAGGGAGACCUGGGAGCCAAAGGAGACAAGGGUCCCUGCGGAGCACAGGGAGCUGAAGGACCCCCUGGGAUUCGGGGCCAGGUCGGCUCACAGGGCUUUCCCGGCCCCCGCGGUGCAGCAGGACCCCGGGGACCAGAGGGGCAGGAAGGCCAGAUGGGCCUGGCAGGGCUGAACAACAGCGAGGGACCCAAGGGAGGCCGAGGACCUGAUGGCCCAAAGGGAACUCCAGGACCACGGGGAGCCCGGGGCCGCAUGGGUCAGCGUGGGCUGGUCGGAGACCCCGGGCUGCCCGGCUUGCGGGGCAUCCCAGGAGCAGAAGGCGCAGAAGGAAAGCCUGGUACCCAGGGUCUCCCAGGAACCACAGGCAACCCAGGCAGAAGGGGACCACCGGGUUUUGCUGGCUCGCAGGGGGCUCGUGGACACACAGGACCUCCUGGAUCAAUAGGUUCCCUGGGAAAACCUGGCUCUGACGGAGACCCGGGUUCCCUGGGCCCAAAGGGGCUGCCCGGGAAACCUGGCUUGGAGGGGCUGCAGGGACCUGUUGGCACCUACGGCUACCCAGGACUUGCUGGUGACCGCGGCAGGCCGGGGCGCAGGGGAGACAAGGGGGAGAGGGGAGCCCAAGGCCCACCGGGAUUUCCAGGAAAAGCUGGUCCCAAGGCCCUGCCAGGUCCCCCUGGUCCACGAGGUGCUCCCGGCUCCCAGGGCAGAGCAGGAGACCCAGGUCCUCGAGGGCUUCCAGGGCUGCCGGGUGUCCCUGGCCCACGGGGGCUGGAUGGUGUCCCUGGGAAACCUGGCUCAGCAGGAGAAAUGGGGGCUCCUGGAGUGGCUGGUGCUGCUGGCCUGCCUGGGUACCCGGGACGGGAAGGUCCAAAUGGACCUGAAGGACCUUCAGGGAUGAGAGGAGAGAAGGGUGACACGGGACAUCCUGGGGAAGCGGGUGUCAGCGGGCUGGAUGGCGAGCAGGGACCACCAGGACCACCAGGAGCCGAGGGUCACCCGGGACCUAAAGGCGAGCAGGGAGAGGCAGGAACCUGCGGAGCUCCAGGCGUUAGUGGGGAUCCUGGAGAGCCGGGAGACGAUGGCCCAGAGGGGCCACCAGGGAGGCCCGGGGAGCGAGGGAAGGAGGGUGACACCGGUGAUGCUGGAGACCCGGGUGAGCCAGGACCACAGGGACAGAAGGGUGACACUGGUCCCAGGGGUCUUCCUGGAGCACCUGGUCCAGGAGCUGCUGCGGGAGAAAUUGGAGAAAAAGGCCACAAAGGAGAGAAGGGCCAGGAAGGUUUGCUGGGCCAGGUCGGUGUCACCGGAGCUGCGGGAUCCGCUGGAGCCAGAGGAUGGUUUGGUGUGACUGGUCUCCGAGGUCCUCCUGGGCACGACGGUCCCGAGGGAGUGAAGGGAGAUCCAGGGCCACGAGGCAUGAACGGACCUGCUGGUGCUGCUGGAUUCGAGGGACUCGCUGGAGAUGAUGGAGUCAAGGGAGACAGCGGCAAGCCUGGCCUGGUGGGUGCAGCAGGUCCCCAGGGACGGGCCGGUGUCCCUGGGCUCCAGGGGUACACUGGGCAUCAAGGAGUGAGAGGAGUAGCGGGUGGCAAGGGGGAUCCAGGCCGGCAGGGUCCUCUUGGGCCACCGGGUGAAGCUGGAGCCAUGGGGCCGAGUGGCACUGAGGGCAUGGCAGGUGCGAAAGGGGAGCCGGGCAAGCCAGGAAAACCAGGGCAAAUGGGGUCUCCGGGACAAGCCGGUCUGAAAGGGCGGAAAGGUCGCAAAGGAGAAAAGGGCGAUGUGGGACGUGAAGGGGAAGAAGGGGCCCCUGGAGAAGCUGGCAGACGGGGCAAGCGAGGCAGGGUGGGCCACCGGCCCCCGAGAGGUCCCCGGGGACCCAAGGGCUACCCAGGUGACGAGGGGCCAGAAGGACCUCAGGGCCCCCAAGGACUCUAUGGCAUCCCGGGGCUGAAGGGCAUGAAAGGAGACCCUGGUCCCAAAGGACACAAGGGCGAGAAGGGUAGUGGGGGUGACCCAGGCCAGCAAGGGGAUGAUGGCUUCAAGGGCAAGCCAGGACCCCAUGGUGUCCCAGGGAGGCCAGGACCCAAGGGACAGCAGGGUGACAGUGGCCGCCCUGGCCCACGGGGACACCCUGGCAUCCCUGGGACACCGGGCUUAUCUGGACCCAAAGGGCUGAAAGGCUUUCCAGGGCUGCCAGGACCCCAAGGCACACCAGGCCUGCCGGGUCUGGCCGGCUCCCCUGGUCCCCGCGGACCCACAGUGAUGCUGUCUGGGGAGGAGCUGCGGCACCUAAUUUAUCCAUCCAGCCACCUGAAUUACACUGCGGUCUGGGCUCUGCUGGACACCCUAAGCCGGGAGCUGCAAGCCCUCAUAGAGCAUCCCAAUGGCACCAAAACCAACCCUGCAGCCACCUGCAAGGAGCUGCUGCUGGCUCAUCCCAGCCUGCCUGACGGGCAAUACUACAUUGACCCCAACCAGGGCAGCCCCCAGGACGCGUUGGUGGCCUUCUGCAACUUCACAGCGGGCGGUGAGACCUGCAUAGCCCCCGUCCACAACCAGGUCCCCAUCAAGGCUUGGCUGAGCACCUACACCUCUAAGGACACCUUUGAGUGGUUCAGCACCCUGCCCGGGGGCUUCCUGCUGGAGUACGCAGGGGCCAGCCCGGUGCAGCUCCGCUUCCUCCGCCUGCACAGCCACCGGGCCAGCCAGAAGGUCUCCUACUCCUGCCGACCGGCCCCCCAGCACAGCCAGCCCCAGCCCGAGAAGGAAAUCCGCUUCCUGGCCGAUUCCCAGGAGCAGAGCUAUGCGGCCAGCCUGCAGGGCUGCCUGCUGGACAAUGACUCCUUCAUCACCGACACCAUCUUCCAGUUCAGCACGGAGGAGCUCUCCCUGCUGCCCCUGCGGGACCUGGCCGUCUUCCACAACGGCGAUGCCUCCCACCAGUUUGGUUUCACAGUUGGACCAGUUUGCUUCAGCUGAAACCGGUGCCACCCAAACUGAGCCAGCCAGUUCCCUCCCCACCCAAGAACUGGGGACAUGUUUGGAGUCUGGAGGUGGCACAGGACUUCCUGGAGUUGCCAGUUCUGUUUUCGAGACGCCUGUUUGUAGCUGCAUUAUGCCCUGGACUACACUUCCUUCUGGAGUAGGAGAAUAUUGUUUACAGAAGUCAUUUCUCUAUAAAUUAUAUAUAUUGUAUA